AUGCCCGACAACAGGACGAACACUGUAUCGAUCCUCAUCGAUGACGACCAUCCGUCGUUUUCCGUCCGACGCAACCUGGGGUUUGGUCGAAGUGAUACCUCGCAGCAGCCGGAAGAGCACCCACCCGUCAGCGACCCAGUACACCUAGCCGUACGCUUCGUCCGAGAUACCCACUAUGCCACCGCGAGGGAUCCGGCAUCCCAUUGA